AUGAUGGAGCGCUACCCCCCAUACGAGCGCAAGAAAAUGUCGAGAAAAGCAAAAGCAUCAACAAUCACUACUCGACCUCGUAGUGAAGGUUUGCGAUGGACACCUGAAGAAGACACAUUACUCCGCGAUGGCGUCUGUAAGUUCGGGGGAAAAAAAUGGAAGACCAUAUCUGAACUUCUUGAGCGACGAACUCCGGAAGACUGCAACAAGCGUUGGAAUAAACUGCAAAGUCUUGACUCAGUGGUGAAGCGGCCAUGGACGCAAGAAGAAGAUGCGCAGAUGUUUGAGCUAGUCAAGAAGUAUGGUGCAAGCAAGUGGGCGGUGAUUGCUUCGUACUUGACCGGCCGAAAUGGCAAACAAUGCCGUGAACGCUGGCACAAUCAACUGAAUCCAUCAAUCAAAAAAACGCCGUGGACAGAGGAGGAAAAUGCAAUCAUUUUAGAUAUGCAAGCUCAAUUUGGCAAUUGCUGGGCUAAAAUUACAUCUCGACUGCCUGGUCGAACUGAUAACGCUGUAAAGAAUCACUGGCACUCGUCGCUGAAGACUCAAGCGAAGCGUGAACGAGGAGAAUGUGGGAAUCAACCCGUCAGACGUACUAGAUCGAAAAAGAAAUCAUGCAAGUCCAAGUUGUUUCGUUCUACGACGAAGUCUUCUGACAGCUUUUUCCCAAACACAGAAGUACUUAGUUUCACUGAUCAAAAUGUUGUCGUGGACGUGAUUGGGGCUUCUUUUACUCCAGCUGGUUCCUCAAUGGCCGACUCCAUGGAAAGUGCGGUUAAUUUUUUCGGCACGCCGAUCAUCAAUGAUGACCAGUCCGGAUCCCUUUCUCCAGAUGUUGUAUCGAGCGUCGAUAAAUUAGACCCGUACACUUACGCUCAAUCUCAUCAAGUAGACGUGCAGCGAGCUCAAGCUGUCAUCGACAAUAUUCUCGAUCCAAUGGGAAUGGAUAGUUUUGCUGCCAGGAGUUUAAGCUCGCUUUCAUUACCGGAGGUGUGCUUUAGUCAAGCAACAAUUGACCAUUCUAAGCUGAAGUCUAUGGAAGCAUGGGGUUUAAACAACGAUGAGAUGAGCUGUUCAAGUGACAAAUUGUCCGAGUUGUCUAUAGACACUGCGUUGUCAGCACAGUCUUCUUUCGGCUUGGACGAGUUAUUAUAUGAUUCAUUUCAUGACGUCUGUGGAGACAAUGCGUUUCAAGAAACAAGCGGAGUAGAAUCAUCUGCCGGUCUAAUCUCAAGUACUCCGAUAGGUGAAGUCACACAAGGAAUCAGCCGAUCGAAUUGGGGAGCGUGCGUCACGAAUAUAUCUCCGAAAACGACAAUAACAGAACCGGUAAUACCGUGCGCUCCAUCUCACGUUGGGUCAAACCUGUCGCCCAUCAAUCAAACAGAUUUGAGACUGACAGACGAGUUUUCGUACGAUGGCGAGAUCCAUAAUCUCUUGUCCCAAGAGAGUGGGUAUGCUCAGCAAUUCUCUACGCUCUCGUCUCUGCUCGACGUGGAAGUGUAG